AUGGCAUUGUCACUUGUCACCGGACAGGACAAUAUCGGUUUUAAAAAUGGUACCUACACUUUGAAAACGCAGAAUUGGGAGGCUGUGAUUGUCAAAAGCUCAGCUACUCUUGCGUCUCUUAAACCAGUUGGCAACGACUUCGAUUUCCUGCCAUAUGACUUAAUGCAGCUUGGUCGUCGAGUUCAAAAUGGCUGCUACCAUUGGGGCGAUGUUAAUAUCCUAUACAGAACUUCCUCGUCGGCCGAAUGGCAAGAGACUAGUUCUGCCGCACAAAGAACACCAGUCGUCGAAAUUUCUAGCGAAGCCUUGUUAUCUUCUGACUUGUCCCCUACAAUGUCUCUAGGGCCUUUGAACAUCACCCGCGAAUGGAUCGACGUCUCCGGUGAUCUAGGCUUGCGUUUCACGAUUAUCAAUACCGGCGACAUCGACGUUGAAAUUGGAGGCUUAGGGUUUGCGGCGGCUGUCAACAACAUAUUCACAAAGAGAAAUGUGUCUGAUGUUAAUGAGAAGUGUGCUUUCAUGGAACCGUAUAUUGGGCAGGAUGCCGGUCACCUUCGUGUCAUUCCACUUAAAGGAGUUGGCCCUGCUCUUCUUGUCACGCCAUUGCAUAAAACACCGUUGGAAGCUUACAGAUGGCUUUGGGAAGACAACAAAGGCGAAACAAGAAUAGGAUCAAACAUGUGGGAGGGGUAUUUCGAGUGGACCGUUCACAGCAAAGCAUGGGCGGAGCAAAAAUGGAAGGACGCUGAGCCUUGGAAUCUUCCCACAAGUGCAGUCCUAGAACCUGGGCAAUCGAGAACAUAUGGACUCCGCUUUACAGCUGUCAAGGAAGGAGUUAGACAUAUCGAUUCUGCUAUCCGGAAUACUGGCACCCCAAACGCUAUCGGGGUCCCUGGGUACAUCAUUCCACGGGACACGCAAGGAACGCUGUCCUUACAGGCGACGUCGGAAAUUUCGGCCACCGAGAUUCACCCUCCAGGCGCUCUUGAGGUCCUCGACUUGCGCAACAAAACUUAUGCCAUUCAGCCAUCAGAGUCUGCUUGGGGUAGGGUUCGUUUGACAGUCACUUACGGAGACAACAAGACGCAGACCAUACAUUCCUACGUAACAAAGCCGGCCGCUCAGGCGGUUGCGGAUAUGGGUGAAUUCCUUACUACUGAGCAUUGGUUCGUCGAUGAAUCGGACCCUUUCGGUCGUUCUCCAUCCAUCAUGGGUUAUGACGGUGAAACGAGAGGGAUCAUCGAACAAGACGGCAGAACAGCGCCAGCUGGACUGAGCGACGAGGGCGGGGCUGGGGCCUAUGUUGCUGCCGCGAUUAAGCAAACGUUCCGGCCAAACAUUAACGAAAUCUCUAAAUUGGAAGAAUUUGUCGACAAGGUGCUAUUCAAGACGGUACAGGAUGCGGACUAUGGCCAAAAGAAAAGCCACGUUUACGAAAUCACACGUGCAUACAACUAUGUAUGGCCUGCUGCUACUUACUGGUCAUUAUACCGCGUCGGAAGGUCGUAUCCAGGUCUACUCAAGACUCAUACUUGGGAUUGGUACUUUGAUACGGCCUACAAGACUGUUAUGAGAGCAAUGGAAUCCGACAUUGGUUUUAAUAAGAAAGGUCUUAUGGGUGAAACUGUCUUCGGUGAAAUACUUCUGGACUUAGAAAGGGAGGACAGAACCGCCGAAGUAAAGAGUUUGAAAGAAGCUAUGAAGUCCCGGGUUGAUCGUUGGCUGAAGGAAACGUAUCCCUACGGGAGCGAGCAGUCCUGGGACUCUACUGGCCAAGAAGGCGUCUACUUUUGGUCAAAUUACUUUGAAGAAACCGAUUUGGCUACGAAAGUGAAGAACAGUGUUUUAGGCUACAUGACCUCAGUACCUCAUUGGGGUUAUAACGGUAACGCACGCCGUUACUGGGAUUUCGUUGUUGCAGGGAAGCUUCAAGUAGUCGAGCGUCAAAUCCAUCACUAUGGAUCCGGAUUGAAUUCCCUCGUGUUACUUUCACCAUUCCGGCAAGACCCGUCCGACAAUUACCUCCUUCGCGUUGGGUACGGAGGCACAACCGGUCCGCUAUCCAACAUUCGUGAGGAUGGAUUCGCCUCAUGUGCAAUGCAUGCUUGGCCAGAGCAUCUCUUUUGGGACCGCUUCAGUGGUGAUUAUGGGCCAAACUUUGUUGGUAUGGUUCUGGGAUCUGGGUCGUAUUUGGUCGAAGACCCGGACCUGGGGUUAGUAGUUUACGGCGGCACUCUUUAUUUGGAUGGAGAUAUGGCUACUGUUGAGGUGCAAGAUCCUUUGCACCAGAAGUUCUCCUACAAUGCCAGGUCGCAUGAAAUCACGCUCACUUUGGGUCAGAUGGAGGAUGUACCCAGAGCAGAAGCUGCCAUUGUAUGGAUUACGGCUACAACCAAAUCUACUCGAAAAGCAACGGAGUACACGGUGAAAGUCGACGGCGCGGAAGUCGAAAAGGAGCGCCAGGGUAGCAAGGUAGACUUGGGCACAGAAACAGUUAGGGUUCAGAUAGGUUAA